GCUUCCAAGAAGCCAGUCAUGGAAGUGCUGGUUUGAGCGAGCGGGGGCUCCGGGCGACCACAAACACCAUAAACGUGGUCAAAGGUUUCGCACCUUCGCGUGACCUGGUUCGCACUGGCAUCGAGAAUGUGCUCAAGGAAUUGUUGGGAGAAGACCUCGAUGACUUCUCCGCUCCACUAAUGGACAUGGGCCUGGAUUCUCUUGCUGCAGUUGAAUUCCGCAACCGAAUCCAAUGUUGCUUCGAGGGAGUGCGACUGAGUUCUACGGUGAUGUUUGAUUAUCCCACCGUUGUCGACCUGACUGACUUCAUUCUUUCUCAGUUCGCACCAGAUGAUGCCGCUAAUGUGGAUGUAAAAGGGCGCGGGGACGCGAUUCUGCGGGAGCCCUUGGCCCUCAUGGGAAUCGCAGGGAGAUGUCCAGGCAUGGCAGCUGGCAAUGACAUCUCCGAUUUCUGGGCUUUCCUCUGCAGUGGGCAGGAUCCGAUUUCACGGAUUCCCAUCGAGCGCUUCGAUGUAGACGAGUUCUACGAUGAGGACCGGUCUGCACCAGGGCAUGUAUACGUUCGCCAAGGAGGGUGCAUCAAUGAUGUGGACUUGUUUGAUGCAGCCUUUUUCGGUAUUGCAAAGCCGGAAGCGCGAUCGAUGGACACACACCAUCGAUUGCAAAUGGAGAUCGUUUUCGAGAGCUUCUACAAUUCUGGCUUCACCAAGGAGACGCUCGUGAAUUUGGAAUGUGGAGUGUUCAUAGGGUGCUGCAGCCUAUUCGCCCGUGUCGUUCAUGACGGGGAGGUCGAUGACAUUGGGCCCUUUACCAACAUUGGUUCUAGCUUGUCGGGGAUGGCUGGCCGUGUUUCACACGCGCUUGCCCUUCAAGGCCCAUGUCUUUCAGUCGACACUGCUUGCUCCUCAACUCUUGUGGCCGCGGACUGCGCCAUGCAGGCCUUUCAUCUUGGUCGCCAGGUGUUGGCCUGCGUGGCGGGAACCAACUUGCAGCUACGGCAGGGCAUCUCGUCCUGGAUUGGUUUCUGCAAGAUGGGCGCACUCUCUGGCGACGGUCGGUGCAAGACAUUCGAUGAGUCCGCCGAUGGUUUCGGUCGCUCGGAGGGCUCCGGAUCCUUCAUUUUGAGCCCCAAGUCCGAGGGUACCCUCGCACACAUGAUGGGAAGCUGUGUGAACCAGGACGGUCGCAGUGCAACCAUCACGGCCCCCAGUGGACCCGCUCAGCAGCGUGCCCUCAAAAAUUCCCUACGCGACUCAGAGCUCACGCCUUUGCAGGUGUCGCUGAUAGAGUGCCAUGGCACAGGAACUGCCUUGGGGGAUCCUAUCGAGAUCGGUGCUUUGGAGAAUGUCUACGGCAGGGACCGGCUUGAGAGCGCCCAGCUCAUUCUUGCUGCGGUCAAGUCCGUGACUGCGCAUCCGGAGGGUGCCGCAGGCAUUGUGGGGCUCGCGAAGCUGGUGAAGAUGAUGCAGCACGGGCAGGUACCAGCUAAUCUUCACUUACAUCAGCUGAAUCCUAACAUAGACCUUUCCUCGUUUGAGUGCAAGAUGCCAGAUUGCCUUCUGGACUGGAGCCCGGCUCCGCGCCUGUCUGGAAUCAGUUCCUUCGCGUUCUCCGGCACCAACUGCCACAUGAACAUGCAGGAGGCAACUCCAGGUGAGAUGAGCGCAAUGCUGUCCGCCGCAGAAGCUCGCGCUCCGUUGAUCUGGUCUCGGAGCAUGAUGUCGCGCCAGGACCCUGUGGCCUUUAAUCGCAGCAGCUUCAGCUGGGCCGGCACGAAGCACCCGCUGGUGAAUUCUCCUCGGCAAGGCUCCGAGCCUGGCAUGGUGGUCUUUGCAGCACCCAUACAGGGCAAAGUUCUCAAGCUGCUGUCGCAUCAUCGUGUGCACGGCGAGAUCGUUGUGGCAGGCGCAACGUACGUGGAGAUGGUGAUCGCGGCAUAUGCGUCCGGCCAGCCUGGCCGGGACAAGAAAGGCUUCGUGUUGGAAGAUGUUCUCUUCCUAAAGCCGAUGAUCCUAAGACUUGGCGAUGAUGACAAGGAUCCUGAGACCAGCGGCAUGGAUCUCUAUUUGCAGAUGCAGGAAAGCGCUGGCUGGUGGUCCAUCAGCAGCGUAGAAACUGGGUCUUCCAUGAUCGUCAGCGUGCAUGCCGAAGGCUCUGUGAGCCUGAGCCACCAGGCCUCCAGCGUCAUCAAGCAGCCGCUCGAAGAGAUCCGCUCGCGUUCCGAACAAGUUGAUGCUUCCGGACUCUACGCGUUUGCUGCCAAUCUCGGGCUGGAAUACCAAGAGCGCUUCCAAACGGUGCACACCAUCGUUCGAUCGCAGGAUGAAGUACUUGCCUGGGUGGCAGCCUCUGAAGACGGCACGAGCGCAGGCUUCGCCUUCGGCCCUUCUGUCAUUGACGGCGCUUUCCAAGCUGCCAGCGCCUUCCCUGGCAUGGAGGAGCAAGAGUUCCCAAUGGUGCCCUUUGCCGCCAAUCGCGUGCAGAUCUUUGGCCAAGGCUUUUCUCACCAGGUGUGGGUGCACAACAUUCUGCUGAAGCGCACCGAAGCGGAAUUGGAGCUUCAGUUGCACAUGGCGCAGGAUGACUCCACCGUCUUGCUUGCUAUGGAUCGCAUGCGGUUUCGCCAAGUGCGGCCUGAGCAACUGGCAAAGAUGCUCGAGCAAGGUGUGGAGGACGUCGAGGAGGACAUCUUGACAGUCGAGUGGGCGGUCGCAGAAGGAUCCCCGGGAAAGGCAAUCGGCGCCACUGGCAACGGGGUCGUGUUUGUUGGUGCUGCAGAGAAGCUGAGCAGCUCCUUGAAACACAUGCUGCCUGAGGCUAGCUUCUUCGACGCAGCUGCGGACUCGACCUUCGAAGGGACCGAGGUUGCGGUGCUACUCGCGGCAUCGCAGGACGCGGAUGAAAUGCAGGUGUUGUUCGAUGCCGUGCUUUUGGUGCAGGCAGCCAUGGCACUGGCCGCGAAAGGCCAUCAAGUGCCCAAGAUCGCCUUCUUCACCUUCGGAACGCAGGACGCACCUAACCGUGGAGCGGGAAGCUACUUGCAUGCCGGCCUGUGGGGUCUGGCGCGCACCGCACGACUGGAAGACGCAUCGCUCAGCCUCUACUGCUUUGACCUGGACGUGCUCGAUCCACACGAUGCAGAUGCUACGGCGCAGGUCAUCCUGGAACAGCUUGGCAGCCUUGGUGGAGUCGAGACGGAACUGGCUCUCAGUGGGGACCUCUACGUGCCCCGGCUCUGCCGCUGCCUAGUGCAGCCGCAGAAGCCCAUGCGUUUGGAGAUGAAGUCGCGAGGAAGCCUCUCCAAUCUUCGUGAGGUCCCGCUUCAGCGCACGUCGCCGGACGGAGACCAAGUGGAGCUGCGCGUUCGUGCGGUUGGCCUCAACUUUCGGGACGUGCUGGAUCUGUAUCCCGGCGACCCUGGCAACCCAGGUGGUGAUUGUGCCGGCACUGUUUGUACUGUUGGAGAGCGAGAGACCCGGCUUCGUCCCGGGCAAGAUGUCUUCGGCAUUGCCCCAGGCUGCUUACAAGCUUUCGCUUGCACACAGGGCCUACUGAUGGUUCCGAAGCCCAAGCGAUGGUCCUUCGAGCAGAUGGUGGCGUGGCCAGUUACCUUCGCAACCGCUGAGGAAGCCUUUGUGGAGCUGGCGCCCUUGAAGCUUGGUGAGCGGGUGCUGAUCCACGCCGCUACUGGAGGAGUGGGGCUUGUGGCUGUGCAGCUCGCACAGCGCAUGGGCGCGACGAUCUUCGCCACAGCUGGGAGCCCUGAGAAGGUGCAGUACCUGCGGGAUCGUGGCGUGAAGUACAUCACAAGCAGCCGCGACGUCCAGCAAUUCGAGGAGGACAUGAAGACCUUCCUGCAAAAGGACGGUGCUGAGGAUGGCGUGGAUGUAGUUCUGAACAGUCUGAGCCACGAAGGCUUCAUUCCCAAAUCCCUCAGCUUUCUCUCGAAGGGUGGGCGCUUCAUGGAGAUUGGCAAGAGAGGUGUUUGGAGCCAUGAACGCAUGCGCCGUGAGCGGCCUGAUAUUCAGUACGAGAAGAUCGCCAUGGACUGGGUGAUGGAGCACCAGCCCGAGCGCUUCAAUCUGCUGCUGGCACGUCUCCUGGGCCAGGUGGAGGAGGGUCUGUGGGAGGAGGUGCCGCUGACGCUCUACGCAGGCCUCGGCUCCGGCGUUGAGGCGCUGCGGUACAUGCAGCGUGCGCAGCACAUCGGCAAGGUUGUGCUGACACAGCCGUCGCGCAUGGGCUGCCGCGCAGAUGGCAGAUACCUUCUGAGUGGAGGCCUUGGUGCCCUGGGCUUAGUCACUGCAGAGAUGAUGGCGGAAGAAGGUGCCAAGUCAAUGGUGCUGCUCUCACGCCGGGGAGUCGUCAACCAUGACUUGAGAGAGGCGUGGAAGAGGCUGGAGAGCUUUGGCAUCGAGAUCCUGACCAACGCCUGCGACGUGUCCCAGAGCGCCGAUGUGGGGCUAGUGACGAGUUUGAAAAGCUCCGUGGACACACCUCGCUCGGUUCGAGGGUUAAUUCACUUGGCCGCCAUCCUUGACGACGCCACUUUGCCUAACCUCACCCUUGCGCAUUUGGAGCGGUCCUACGGAGCAAAGGUUUGGGGUGCCCGACAUUUGCGCGGCAGCCUGUGCCACACCUCCCUGGAGAUUUUGGACUUCGCGGUGCUUUUCUCCUCAGUUUCUGCUCUACUGGGCUCGCCUGGCCAGGGCAACUACUCAGCCGCUAAUGCUGCCCUGGACGCUCACGCGCGCUGCUGGAAGGCCUUGGGCGAGCGCGUGGUGUCCGUGCAGUGGGGUCCAUGGCGUGAAGCAGGAAUGGCCACAGAGACAGGUGCCACUGCGCGCCUGAAGGCAAAGGGGCUAGGCAGCAUCGGGAACGAGGCUUCCUGCCUUCAUCAUGCGACAUCGAUGCCAUGCUGUGGCUCUUUUGCCUUUAGCUCAUUUCUUCAUGGCACCUGUAUAACCAAGGUUGGCAUGGCGGCCCUUGCAGCAUGUCUGCGUGCUUCAAACAGUGUGGUGGCAGCAUGCCCCUUCCACUGGCAGCAAUAUCUCAAGCAGACGCUCGGCACGGCCGGCCACAAGCCAUAA